AUUAGCCAUUACCUGUUUACCAAACGCUGUUGUCAAUCAGUGCCCUUAUUACAAGUUGAAAAUGAAAGGAAGCAGGUUUACAUUAAUUUUACGUCUUCAUCUCUGUAUUUAAGUGAAAUGGUGAUUUGAAAAGUAGAUCUUCCCAUCAAUUGAAGGCGAGGGGAGAGAGUGCAGGAAAGUGGUGAAGAGAGAGAGACCGAGAAGUGACACGAAUCAAUGCGAGCACUCAAAGCACCUUCAACAGGAGCAACGACCGCCUCCCUCAACCCCCCUUCUCGCCCUGAUCUCCUCCCUGCCUUUGCCUUGGGUCACACCUCACAGGAACAAGCAUCUCCGCUACCAGCGCAACAUCCAGAUUGUCUCUGAUGGGUAUCUACAGCACAGCAGAGGCAUCUCUCAAGGGACCCUUGUAGGAUGUCUUCCAAGCGACCAGCCUCUCCAUAUGGGGGGACAGAUGGAGAGGUAACCAUAGCAACCAGCAGACAGCGAGUGGAGGAUGAGGAGAGCGAGGGACUGGGUGGCGUGAUCCAUCUCCCCCUAGCCUCCUAUUGCAGCAAGGUGUCCCCUCGCUCGCCCCCUUUCCGGAGCUUGGACAGCCCCCCCAGCAACACGGAGCUAGAUGGCUCUAAGGGCAACUCCCUGAGCCCUUACACCCAGCACAAUGCUACCUCACCAGGCAAAGAGGAAGGCGGCGGUGGGGGUCGACCCUGCAGCGACGGAGGCUCAACUACGGGGACCCUGGGAACGCCGGAGAGACGCAAGGGUAGCCUGGCGGACGUGGUGGACACACUGAAGCAACGCAAGAUGGAGGAGCUGAUUAAGAAUGAACCGGAAGAAGCUCCCAGCAUUGAGAGGCUGCUGUCAAAGGACUGGAAGGACAAACUUUUGGCCAUGGGCUCAGGACACAUCGGCGAAAUUAAAGGUACACCGGACAGCCUGGCGGAGAAAGAGCGCCAACUCAUGGGCAUGAUCGGCCAGCUGAGCAGCCUGAGGGAGCAGCUCCUGGCGGCCCACGAGGAGCAGAAGAAGCUGGCCGCCUCGCAGAUGGAGAAGCAGAGGCAGCAGAUGGAGCUGGCGAAGCAGCAACAGGAUCAGAUUGCCCGGCAACAGCAACAGCUCCUGCAGCAGCAGCACAAAAUCAACCUCCUGCAGCAACAAAUCCAGCAGGUCCAGGGCCAACUCCCGCCACUGAUGAUUCCUGUCUUUCCUCCCGACCAGAGGACCCUGGCGGCGGCGGCGGCCCAGCAGGGCUUCCUCAUGCCCCCUGGCUUCAACUACAAACCUGGCUGUAGUGAUCCAUACCCUCUCCAGCUUAUCCCCACAACAAUGGCUGCUGCUGCUGCCGCCACACCAGGCCUGGGACCCCUUCAGCUCCAGCAGUUGUACGCAGCUCAGCUGGCUGCCAUGCAGGUCUCCCCCGGGGCCAAGCAGCAUGGAGGCAGCCUGGCAUCCCAAGCCAACCUGGGCACACACUCCCCACCCAGCAACACACACUCACAGAGCGACAAGGGACGUAACUCCCCGCUACCAAACAAGACCAAGGACAGUGAGGGUGCACAGCCAUUGAACCUGUCGGCCAAGCCUAAGGCAUCCGAGAGCAAGUCACCCAACUCCCCCCCAACUUCCCCACAGGUCCCUGCUGCUGCUGCUGCUGCUGCUGCUGCCGGUGCCGCCAAGAUGGGCCCCGCGGGCGUCAUGAAGCACAGCGUCGCCCCCUCCAGCAUCGGAGGACCUCCGGCCAGAGUCAGCUCAAUAGCAGACUUGCUGUCGUCGCUGUCGUCAGGGGCCUACCUGAACGACCACGAGGCCGUGACCAAGGCUUUCGCCGAGGCCCGCCAGAUGAAGGAGCAGCUGAAGAGGGAGCAGCAGGUGCUUGACGCCAAGGUGGCCGCCGUCAGCAACCUCGGACUCAACAACGGACGCUCCGACAAGGACAAGGCUGCCUUGGAGAGUCUGAGUCAACAGCUGAAGCAGCAGGCCGAGGACAAGUUCAGCCACGCCAUGCUGGACUUCACCAUGAGCGGCGACUCUGACGGCUCUCCGAGCGUGUCCGACUCAAGGAUAUUCCGAGAGGCGCGGGGUCGCGGCAGCAACGAGCCGCACAUCAAGAGGCCGAUGAACGCCUUCAUGGUGUGGGCCAAGGAUGAGAGGAGGAAGAUUCUCCAGGCUUUCCCCGACAUGCACAACUCCAACAUCAGCAAGAUCCUCGGUUCGCGCUGGAAAGCCAUGACCAACCUGGAGAAGCAACCGUACUACGAGGAGCAGGCUCGCCUGAGCAAGCAGCACUUGGAGAAGUACCCGGACUACAAGUACAAACCGCGGCCCAAACGCACCUGCCUGGUGGACGGCAAGAAGCUGCGCAUCGGCGAGUACAAGGCCAUCAUGCGGUCUCGGCGACAGGAAAUGAGGCAAUACUUCAGUGUGGGGCAGCAGAGUCAGCUCCCCCUGUCGUCGGCAGGCGUGGUCUACCCGGGCGCCCUCUCCAUGGCGGGCAUGCCGUCGCCCCAGAUGCCUUCGGAACACUCGAGCAUGUCGAGCAGUCCCGAGCCCAACGCCAACCACCACCAGACCUCCUCCCACAUGGGCGUCCUCAAGGGGGAUGAGCCGCGCAUCAAGGAGGAGGAGCUACGGCUAGACGACAGCAACGGCGACGUGUACGACGACUUUGACUACGAGGACGAGGAGGCCGACUACGCCAGCGAUAACGAGAAUCACAUCACCCAAUAGAGUCAAUCGCGCUCCCUUUUAUUAUCCGCCCAUCCCCCCCCCCCCGUGCCGUGGACUCUUAGCAGAGCCGAAACCCCUCCCACCGGAGUCCUGAUACCAGCAUCCUAGCCAAUCAGCUGAAGCGUAGGACGGACUGUCACUCACACUGACUGUUACACAAUCCGGGAGGAAGACAAGCCAGCCCUGACGCUUGCUGACGAGCAUCCAAGUACUACUGCAAGACUUUUACCAAUGCGAGUAUCUUGUUGCAAAAGACUUAUAUAUAUAUUAAAAAAAGAAACCUUUUAAACCAUUUGUAAGCAAAGGAGACGCAACAGUGGACCUGUCAGAGGCCAACAGAUGACACUUUAAAGAUGGCGGACCUUUUUUUCUUAACAAGAGACACUUUUUAAAAGAAAAAAAAAACAGCUUUUUUUCGUUCUCGGUUCUAUAAUAUUCUCACUCAGGUACACGGUGCCAAUAAGUGGCUUGUGAAUGUGAUUUGUUGUUUUGGGGUUUUUUUUUUGUGCUACAAGUUUGAAUAAUAAUAAUAGGAAAAUCUUUUUUUUUCUCCCCCGCCUCCCCCGUUCGUUGCGAAGCACCUGAAAGACGCCACAUUUUUAUUUUCAACAACAGAAACCAGAUUCUCCCUCGACCAGAGCGUGGACAUUUUUCUAAGGGUUUUUAAACUAGUAUUUUUCCUUUUCACUUUGUGGAAUAACAAAAAGCACUGUGUUGCGAGACAAUCCACCUGUUUUCAGCUCGCUCCGUCCCGCCACGCUGCUCUCAUUCGGAGAGCUACACAGCAGUGCAACAUCGCUAGAACCACAACGUGUGUGUGUGUGUGUGUAUGUGUGUGAAGACAAGAAACUAACUGCUGUUUUAUCUACUAUAACACACACACACGCACACACACACACACACACACACACACACACACACACAGUCCCUUCAGUCACUCCCUGCUGACCUCAGUGGGCCGCCAGUCAGUGUUUCUGUUUGUAUUUGAAUACUGUAUUUUAUUGUUUCUCUAAACUGCCUCUAUUCUAAUUUUAUUAACAAUAAUUCUAAGGAUGGUCAGCUAGUAAGUUAUGUACAGUAUAAUUUAUUUUUCUUCUCUAUAUCGGGUUUCUAUGACCGUAUGACAUUAUUUUAGCUCGUAGGUAUUAGGUCUAAACUUUGUUCCCUUUUUACUUUGUUGUUUUGUAUUAAUCCUGCGGCGAGUGGGGGCGGGUGGAGCUUAACCCUUUUUACGUCCAAAACCCAUUUCUAAAAAGCACUCAGACUCUCGUCAGAGAAAAGAAGAACAUGCUAUUUUUUAUUGUUAUUAUUAUUAUGAAGUUUAUUUGUUAUUCUAAAUGUAUAAUGUGAAGAUUCCCCUCCUUUUUUUUAUUACUUAUGGAAGCCCACAUGUUUACUAGUCCCGUUGCAGUGGAACAUCAUUGGCACACACACACACACACACACACACACACUUCGAUGAAGAGAUUAUUCAUGACAACCAAACAAGUCCUAUGCUGUCUUUUUCUUUCUGUUUUAUGACAUUUAGAUCAAUCCUGUACAUAUAGUUUGUUUUGUGAUGGCAGUGACUUUUUUUCCCAAUCAUAGGAAAGCAGUGUUUACUCCACCAAUGGUGUUCCACCGCAUCUUAACUCCAUCUGGAGCCUUUUUUUUGUGCUUUUUUUGUGCUUUGUUUGAAGCUCCACGGAGCCAUGACUUCUCCUGACUUGACUUUGCUGUACAGCCAGCUAUGUUAUCACACACCAUGAUGCUGGACUAGAGGGGGCGAUAUGUGGGUGUAUAGCGGCUCAAUCAUCCCUGCUGGCAAGGUCUGCCCCCCUUCCCAUAUCACGACAAUGAAGAUAAUAUUAUUUAAGACAAUCAAAGUCAUGAGUGGAGCUCAAAGCAAAGUCAGAAUUAUUACAACAACAAAAAAAAAUAUCGUACCAUCUCAACUUGAAAAAUCAAGAAAGAUAAUUAUGUAAAUAUAACAUAGAGUUAUAGAUUUAUAUUUUGUUCAUAACACAGUGUAAUAUAAGUUGUAUAUUUGUUUUUCUCUCUCUUCCUCUGUCUCUUUUAUUGAUGUUAUCCAUGCCACAGGAGUCGCAGUACUCUCUCUCUCACAUACACACACACACACACACACACACACACACACACACACACAUAAAAAUGAAGAAAAUUAUGAAAGAAACAAAGAAAAAUUGAGAAAAAAAGCAAAAAAAAAAAAAGCCAUGGGCUACCACCACCAUCUGUUCUAAGUUCACUUUUUUCAGUAUUACUGCCAGACGAGGCUCUAAUAAAGACAGCAAUGUGUUCGGUAACACUUC